AGGCAAAGAUGUCAGAGAUAUAUACGUCUCUUUCUAUAUCGCUUAUUGCCCGACGCAACUUUGUUAUCCAUACGCGGGAUUACAACCAGACCUUAGCCCAUACAAAUGAGGUGAUUGGCCCACUAUUCGAGCCGGAUCAAACUGGGGUAAUUGACCUUUUGGCCCAGGUACAAAAUGAACCCAACCAGGAGGUGGCCAUUCAGAAUAUAGCCCGGGAGAUGCUUGUUAAACAAGAAGAUGGCACCUAUCGACUCAAGACGAUUCUGAUCUGGAAGAACUUAGAGUUUGUACCGGCAGAGUUUCAACGGCAUCGAUUGAAUAGAUUGCUCGACGAAAUUAAUGAAUUCGAUACCGUCGAGUCCCGCUUGAAGCGCAACGAUUUCAUCAGGGUUUCAGGGUUGGGGCCUAUCCACAAACCUUCCUUAUUUUGCAUAAUACCAAUAGUAACUAUUGGUAAUACCAGGCGGAAAUUUGAUCAAUACUUGAAACAGCAUUUUUGGUUUUCCCAGUUGGACUUCCAUCCUCCGCUAACGACAGAACACGAGUCGUACCUAGAGACCAUCUAUAAACUCCGUUCUAUGAUGAGACAGGUGUUUGCAUCUCCUGAUAUACAAAGAUACGUCUAUUCAUUAGUUAUAUUCACCAGGACUCAUCGACUAUGUCUGUUGGCCCCCAUCGAGACCCGGGUGCCAACGGGCACAAUAGACUCCAUCGAGACCUUGGCCAAGUGUCUAGUAUUGUGGCAACAAUACUUGACAAAACUGGAUCCUCCUAGAUUAUUUGUCACUCCGGAAUUCUGUAAAGUUGCUUAUAGAAAAAUCGGCUACUGGUUGGUCGACUGGGAAACUAAUAAACUCUUCAAUGACCCAGCUCCGGAUGAACCCACUGAAGCUUUGAAAAAAUUAGAAAUUAACGUUUUAACUGGCGACUGGUAUGCCAGUGAAUAUCACUAUGUGAAAAAGUAUCUUGAAAAAUACCGGUCGCUUCAAGACGAAUCCAGCUCGGUGGGGUUUCUGAACUUACUUGUAGAAGACGUCCUAGACUCGGUUCGUCCUCCAAUAUAGCAUAAUAAUUAUAGACAAUUGUCGGAACCAUAGUUUUGCAACUAUUUGUAGAAAAACGGUAACUUGGUGUAUUGGCUGGGUGUACGGAGGGGAUGUUACGUAAUCACCGCCAAUAUACAGUACCAGCAAUCAGUGACCCUUUGAUUGGAAAGCCAGCGUGGACAACACAGUGAUUUAAGUUUUUA